CGCCCCGCCCACGAAGCUCUGGGCCCUCUCGCGCGGUUCCCACUGCUCGCUCUCCGCUGCUCCACUGCGCCAUGGCGUUCGUGACCAGGCAAUUCGUGCGCAGCAUGUCCUCCUCCUCCUCCGCGUCCGCCGCUGCCAAGAAGAUCCUGAUCAAGCAUGUGACAGUCAUCGGCGGCGGUCUGAUGGGCGCGGGCAUCGCACAGGUGGCUGCAGCAACUGGCCAUACGGUAGUACUGGUGGACCAAACAGAGGACAUCCUGGCAAAGUCCAAGAAGGGGAUUGAGGACAGCCUGAGGAGGAUGGCAAAGAAGAAGUUCUCAGAAAACCCUAAGGCUGGUGAUGAGUUUGUGGCGAAGACCCUGAGCUGCCUCUCCACCAGCACCGACGCAGCCUCGGUCGUGCACAGCACAGACCUGGUGGUGGAGGCCAUCGUGGAGAAUCUCAAGCUGAAGAAUGAGCUUUUCCAGCGGCUGGACAAGUUUGCUGCAGAACAUACAGUCUUUGCCAGCAACACCUCCUCUCUGCAGAUCACAAGCAUAGCCAAUUCCACCACCCGUCAAGACCGAUUUGCUGGCCUCCACUUUUUCAACCCAGUCCCCAUGAUGAAGCUUGUGGAGAUCAUUAAAACACCGAUGACUAGCCAGAAGACAUUCGAAUCCCUGGUCGACUUUUGUAAAACCUUAGGAAAGCACCCUGUUUCUUGCAAGGACACUCCUGGAUUCAUCGUGAACCGUCUCUUGGUGCCAUACCUCAUAGAGGCCAUCCGGCUCCACGAGAGAGGUGAUGCAUCUAAGGAGGACAUCGAUACUGCCAUGAAGUUGGGAGCUGGGUACCCCAUGGGUCCGUUUGAGCUUCUUGACUACGUUGGGUUGGAUACUACAAAGUUCAUCUUGGAUGGGUGGCAUGAAAUGGACCCAGAGAACCCCCUCUUUCAGCCCAGUCCCUCCAUGAAUAAUCUGGUGGCCCAGAAGAAGCUGGGCAAGAAAAGCGGAGAAGGAUUUUACAAAUACAAGUGAUGCUUCAAGAGUCCAUCGGGAGCACCCCAGCCACGGGACAAGGAUGAGCGCACUCUGGGCGGUGUUUGCAAGGCUUGCUAGUCUGCUCCGUGGGCCCUCCCUUUCAGUCUCUGUGAUGUAAUUGCUUGACUAGUUGCAGUAAUAAGGUUCCUCCACUGAGAUCUGAUUCUCUGCUUUUGUCUGUUCGCUUCUGUGUGUUCUUCUGUGCCUUAGGGCAAGCAUCUUUUUUUCUGAACCUUGUUGGUUUUUAUAAAAGCAUUACUUAGAAAUGCGUAUGCCAUGUUGAUUGGUGUUGAACACAGGGGGGUAGGAACCAACGUGCCUACAGGUGCAUCUAAGGGAGCAACCUGCAGCGUCUGAGGCCUUGCCUGCCUGGGGACAUUUGCAAUCUGCAGCCUCAAGCCUUAGCCUACAUCCUGGGCACGGCAGAAAGGGAUAUGCCUUGUUUACUUCUCAUCAGGACAGGGCUCCUGGAGUGGCGUUCGGUCGAGCACCUGUGACCUUAGUUUCUGGGAAAAGGCCCAUCUUUGUGGCCAUUCAAAUCUUAACCAUCACUGUCCAGCUCUCUUAUCUUUUUCAUGGGAAAUCAGUGCUACAAAGUGCCUAUGAACUUACUCUACUAAAAUGCAAUCUUUUACUCUGUAAAAAUUGGAACAGAAAUAAACUUACAUAAUGUAAAAUCA